AUGUCUGGAGAUGGGCCACCGUCCGAGUAUACGGGCAUUGCCGCUGCUUUUGCCAAAGCAAAGGCCGAGCAAGAGGCGAAGGGCCUUCGACCGAGGAACGAGGACUCCAAGGCCUACAACAAACAGCAAGAGCGGCAGUUCAAACGCUCCCUCGUCCGGCUCAUCGGCUUCCUUUCGCUGAUCCUCUUACUACACGUCUUUGGAAUCUACCUGUUCACAAGCGGCUUCCUACUCACACGAUUGGUCCUCGACAAUAAGUCGGACUGCGCUGUACUUCCAACAGAUGUAGAAGGAUAUAAAACUGGCUCACCAGCCGCGGGCUGCUGGCACCCCAAGACUUUCGAGAAGGCCGUCGUGAUCAUUGUGGAUGCGCUCCGAUACGACUUUACCGUCCCCUUCAACCCAGCUACCGCCAACAGCCAGCCGCACCAUUUCCACAAUGCCUUACCGGUAUUCCACGAGACGGCCACGCAGCAGCCGAACAACGCCUUCCUUCUGCCCUUCAUUGCGGAUCCGCCAACAACAACCUUGCAGCGACUAAAGGGACUUACGACUGGCACAUUGCCCACCUUCAUCGAUGCAGGCUCCAACUUUGCCGGCACCGCCAUAGACGAGGAUAAUCUAGUCGCGCAGCUCCGGAACGCAAGCAAGACCAUUGUCCAUCUGGGCGAUGACACCUGGCACUCCCUCUUCCCGGGAUACUUUGAGCCGAACCUAACAAGAGCAUACGAUUCGUUCAACGUCUGGGACCUGCACACUGUCGACAAUGGGGUGACCGAGCACCUUCUGCCGCUUCUCAGCCCUGCCAAUUCUAGCAAGUGGGAUGUUGUGUUCGGGCACUACCUUGGUGUUGACCAUGCAGGCCAUCGCUACGGACCGGAUCACCCUGCUAUGGCCGCCAAACUUAGACAGAUGGACGACGUCUUCCGCAGAGUCAUAGACUUGAUAGAUGACGAGACACUGCUGGUAGUCAUGGGCGACCACGGUAUGGAUGCUAAAGGCGAUCACGGUGGAGAGUCCGCCGACGAGAUCGAGGCUGCCCUCUGGAUGUACUCGAAAAAGGGCAUCUUCGGCCGCAGCUCACCGGAGUUCGUACAUCCGCCCGCAACCGCUAAGGAACGGCCUGUCGCGCAGAUCGAUCUCGUACCCACACUCUCAUUCCUUCUCGGCAUGCCUAUCCCGUUCAACAACCUCGGCGCACCGAUUGAGGAGGCUUUCAUUGGCAGAGACGGCCAGGAUUUCUCCAACCUUGCUCAGGUCAACCGCCUGACGGCGGCGCAAGUCUACCGAUACCAACACCAAUACGCCCUUGCCCGGAAGCUGGACGAGUCAAUAACUUCAGGGCCCCUUGCCCUCUUUAAGGCAGCUACUGAGGCUUCUGAGUCAACCUAUGGCGCCAGGAGUCCGAGUCAGGCUGAUUGGCGUUUAGUCUACAAAGCAUACAGCAAGUACCAAAAGGAGACACUCGGUGUCUGCCGAGGUCUCUGGGCAAGCUUUGAUACCGAGAGCAUGUAUCUCGGAAUUGGUAUCCUCGCCUUUACUCUGGGACUUCUUGCGGUGUACGCGCGCGGUAUUGAUGGCGAUAUCACCGACGUUACGCCCGUCUUGCUGUUCCGGGGCGGUAUCGGCGCGAUCUUGGGUUCCACCGUCGGUCUUGGCUCUGGCAUUGCCCUUGCGCCGUCAUCUUUCCCCUUGGGGUUAUUGGCAACAGUUUGCGCCAUUCUUGUGGGUGGCGCUGGUAUUGUUCUUGUCUUCGCUUAUAUGCGAGUCGGUAGUGAUGGCAUUAUCUCUACCUUUACCAAUGCAAGACAGGGGCUCGUUUCUACUCUACCAAGCUCGCAAAGGGGUUGGCUUGAGCUCGCUGCCGUCCUAAGUGGAGUGGUUAGUGUCGGCCUUGGCCUUGCAGCGUCCUUUCCCUUGGUAAAAGCGACAAUACUCUCCACCGUGCUCGUAAGUGGUACUGGCAUAGUAUCUGCCCUCCGCUUCGCCGAACGGAGGCUCGUCUCUCCUCUGCCAAGCUCAAUAUGGGGCUGGAUGGCGGUCUUAUCUCCGCUUCUGCUUUCGAUUGGAUUCGCAUCGAACUCGUUUACUAUCUGGGAAGAUGAGAUUCUUCUCUAUUUCUUGGCUACAUGCGGUGUCCUUUUUCUUAUCUCCUCGUUCCGGCAAGUGGAUGUUUCUGAUCGAGUCCUGGGUAUUUACCAUUCCAUAUUGUUCACGGUCCUAACGCGUGUCGCUUCCCUGUCGCGGCUCUGUCGAGAGGAGCAGAUGCCCUACUGCGUGUCCACAUAUUACGCUUCCGCAACGUCGUCCACUUCUGCGGGCUGGCAGCUCAUCAUCCCUUUCGUCUUGGCUCUUGUGCUUCCCACCGUCAUCAAAUCCUACUACAAGUCCUCCCUCAACUAUCAGGGCGCAGGCGUCAUGUGGAUCGGCUUCGCCUUCCGCUUCGGCCUCGUCCUCAGCGCCGUCUUCUGGAUGCUCGACGCCGGCGACGACGCCGACUGGUUCGAAACCAACAAAGACACCCUCAAAACCAUCAAAGUCAUCGUCGCCCAGAUCGUCCUUGCCGUCGCCUUCGCCGCUGGCUACUCGACCUACACGUGGUCCGCGCCUCUCCUAACCAUUGGCACCACCGCCGACGUUCUUGCCCCCGACAAAGCAAAGUCUCAGGCCAUCGUGUCGCUGCCGGGUCGCGCCGCUAUCACAAUCCUCGGCUACGCCAACCUCCACGGCACGCGCUACUUCCUCCUCGCCACCAUCUGGGCCCUCGGCAUCAUCCUGCUGCAGAAGCCCAUGGGCGGCGGGGCCAUCGGAAUCUGUGUCUGGCAGAUCCUGUCGCUGCUCGAGAUCAUCGAUACGAACAAGUUGUCGCGUACGCCCGUCGGCCCGGUCGUAAUGGGGCUCAUGGGCUCGUUCUACUUCUUCAAGACAGGGCAUCGGGCUACUUUGGCGAGCAUACAGUGGGAGAGCGCGUUUAUCCCGCUGAAGAGCAUCAGGUAUCCGUGGUCCCCUGUCCUGGUGCUCUUGAAUACGUUUGGCGCGCAGAUUCUGUGCGCGGUUGCGGUGCCGGCUACGGCGCUGUGGAAGAAACAACCGAAGCAGAGGGGGUUGUUGGGGGAUGUUGUUAGGGCGGUCGCGACGCAUAUCCUGUUUUAUGCGGCUGUUGCGCUGGCGACGACGAUGUGGGCCGGGUGGCUGAGACGGCAUCUUAUGCUGUAUAGAAUUUUUAGCCCGAGAUUUAUGAUGGGGGCGCUGGUAUUGCUGGUCGUGGAUGUGGUGAGUGUGUUUGUUGCGUUGGGAGGGACGCUGUGGAGUUUUUUGAGCGUCGCGGAGGUGUUUGGGUGGCCGUGA